AUGGAGUUUCCGUUGAUGUCUCACCAAGGUCCGCGACCCAUUACUCAACUGGUCAUAUUCGCCGAACUUGCUGCAGACGGAGCCAUCCCAGAUAACAUCCCAGACCUGACUGGUCCUCCUUGCAGACAGCACAACGAUCAUGGGCAAAUUCGGCUCUGGUCGACCACUCUCAUUGCCGAAAUCAAUCUAACUAUGCGCUUAGUGGAGGGCCGAGAGUCUGGUUGUGGCUGA